AUGAGGGUUCCACGGACAUCCCACAACGGGAAGAGCAUCGGUAUUCUCAUCGUGAGCGUCAUGGGCACGACGACGAAGGUGAACCAGCCCAUCGAGAUCGCGAAGACGAUGAUUCAUGGCGCGAACGUCAGCAUAGUCGUCGAGGUAGAGAGCCCGACCGUCGCGAGUACAGAUACCUCUCACCCGAACGUCCUGAGCAGAGAGCCCAUGACGUUCAGAGGACUGAAACGCACGAGCGAUAUCAUAAGCAUCCACACAGCCAUUCGCCUGAUCAAGGUCCCUCGCGCCGUGAGUCUCAUCGUCGUCGGGAGCACAGGGAAGAAGUUCGACCUCUUGAGCGCCGUCCCAGGAGCCGUAUCCGCUCGCCUCCAGGCUGGCUGCGCGGCCCCGACAGCAUCAGCACCAACAGCGACAGGCUUGAAGAGUUCCAUACAAAGCGUGGUCCUCCGCGAGGUUAAAACCUACCGCCCGCACCGCCCGAGUGGCUCCCCGCACCGGUUCAGGACCGAUGAGGAAAUCGAUGGCGAAGAUUUCCGCGAUGUGCGCAGAAGACUGAGCCCCGUCAAGACAAGAACUUCACAUCAGGCUCACCACGACCAACCCCCCAUAGAUACAAGAACCAGAAUCUCUCCCAGAGACGCAGAGAGGAGUUUGAGGAAGAUCCGCUCCGAAGCGCGGAUCCUCCUUUCGAAGAUCUCUGAGCCUGAGGACGAGUCCAUGGAGGCUGCGGUGCGGCGCAGUGCAACCUUCAAAGACCAUAAGCCAGCCGGGCUUUGCGUGCCCAGCUCUGCCACUUCUUUGACCGGUGACACCUCACCAGAGAGACCAAGGCUGUCGGCCAAGGAGAAGGGAAAGGGCAGGGCAAGUGCUACCACUUUUGAGCAGUCGGGGGUGCAGCACCCCACCAGGCCUCACCGUCCGGUCGCCGAAACGGGUCGGGAGCACCAUGUUGACCGGGCGUCGAAGUCGGAGAGGCGCAGACCGACCGCCUGGGACAAGGAAAAGGCGAAAGAGCUCGUUCGGGAACAGUCAGACGUACCGCGUUCCACUCGUACUUCGAACCAGCAGCACGCAGCCAGGUCCCAGCAGCCUACGGCUGAAAGAGCUGGCGAGCACCAGUGUGACUGGAAGGACAAGUACAACAACCUAAAGACAGAGAUCGAGGACGGCCGUCAGGGGCAGGAUGCCGGUGCUGCCGAGGUUGGCCAAGACCACCAGUGCGACUGGAAGGAGAAGUAUCUCGGACUCAAGUCGGAGGUCGAGGCUGAUGGCGGCCAACAGGCUGACCUUGGACUGGAGGGGCUGACGAUCGUGCUGCAUAUGAGAGGCAAGGAUGACUUGAUCGUCAAUACGGACUUGAGAGAGCUGGAUCAAAAGUGA